AUUAAAGUAUAUGAUUAUAGUCUACGUGUGCUUUAAAUCAUUUGAUUGUUGAAUGUAUUGAUGGUUUGACUUAUGUUUGAAUCGAUAGUCAUUUAACCACACAUUUAGUGUUUGAUCUUCAGGUGGGACACAAACAGUGAUUAUAAAACCACUUGAAUUGCUUUAAUUUGAUGAAUGUUAGCGUUGGACACGAAAUAGCUGUCAGCCAAUGAUGUCUUUACCAUCGGAUCUGUCUCUUGUGGCCGAACUCUAUAAUCCAUUGUAUUUGUUGCCAAUUGUCGGCGUCCUCUUCACAGCAUUUCUUGUAUUUGCUUUUGGAUUCAAGUCAUCGACACAACCUUCAGAUGAAGUAUUUAAUGCUCUCAAUGAUAGACAUAACAAGAAUCAUAAAUUCCAAGAACAGACCAUUAAAAAGAAGAAACCAAAUAUACAAAAGACAACAAAUACAAAGAAUGAACCGAAUGGACACAUAAACGAUGGAUUGAACAAAAGCAAUGACAAAAAGACUCAAAAGUCCAAAUCAGUUUCCGAUCAGACAAUUACAUCGAAAAGUACACAAAAACAGAUCAAUAAUGUUAGCAAAAGUAAUGUAAAGAAAGUAAUAAAAAAUAAAUCGGUGGACAAAGAAGACAUUGAAGACAAAAAUGCAGGAGAAUGGGUUGAAUUGGUCUCAAAGAAAGAGCGCAAACAACGUAAACAAAAGGAAGAACAGCUGUUGACUGAUACUCAAGAGACUAUCAAAAAGAGUAAGAAAACAAACAAAUCGCCCGAAAAGAGUCCGAUUAAAGAAAAUAAGAAAAACAAAGACAAUAAAAUCAAUAAAAAGGUUGAUUUAAACUCUAAUGUAGAGUUGGAUUCAAAAGUCAAGGAAAAGAAUGUAAUAAAUGAAGAAAAGAAAACAAUUGAAGAAAUAAUUAAUACCGAAAAUGAAGUAAACGAUGAGGUUAUCGCAUCCGAAGUUCCCGAUAGUUAUGAAAUGGCUAAAGAACAAAGAGGUUGCAAGAAAUGGCAAAAAAGAAAUCAAAAGCGAUCGGAAUCUGAUUCCAUAACUAAGACCGAACUAUCGAUUGCAAGUGAGACUAAAACUAAUUUGGAUGUAAGCGAUAAACUAACCGCUGCUAUUGUGGCCAACUAUGAAUCAAAUGAUCAGAACAGACCCGACUCUAAUAGUAGUGCCAAUAAUAAGAAAAAGAAGGACAACAAGAAAAAGAAAAUUCAAAACAACAAUCAAACAAACAGUGAAUCGAUAGAUACAAACAAAUCAUUAGAAAUCAAUGAUUCAAAAUCUGUUGAAACAACCAAUAAGUUAAAUGCUAUUAAUUUAUUAGACAUCACUGAUGAAGUGAAACCUCCACAAGAAGAAGAAGAGUUUAAAUCAGUUCAGAGCAGAAAACGUCGCCCAAGACGUGAAUAAAGAUGCGGUAAUAAUGAAUAAUAAUAAGUGAAUCCCAGUUCAUAAUACACUUAAAAUAUUUAAAAAGUUAUUAUUUAAUAUUUUGGUUGAUGUGCCAAAAGCUAAUCAAUUGAAUAACAUUUGCUGCAAUUUGUCGGUGCAAUCAUUUGAUAUAUAAGUCACUCAAAACUGGGAUUCAACUAAAUUUCAAUUCAUUCCUAUUUUUGUGAAUUAAUAUCAUUUUUAUAUCAAAAAGUGUUGAAUCGUAUGACUCUUGGAUGAGUUCAUAUAUCAAUGAAUACAUAAAAUAUUGAAAUGUCAUUUAAAAAGCAAUUCAUCUGUGAUUUGAUUCAAUUUUAUCGUAUUAUAAUUUUUGUAUUUUUAUUUAAUUAUUUUUUAUUAGUCUUCCACAGAGUCGGGCUUUUCUUUUAAUUUAAAUUAAGAUUUAAUUUAAUAUAUUUGUGAUAACAAGUUGGGGUAAUAUGAAUUAUUUUAUAGAUAUUUUGCUCUUUAUAUUUUUUAUUUAAUAUAAUAACAUAAAUAUGAUCUCUGGGUUCAUGGGUUCACAGCAAACCAAGAGAUCAAUUGUUGACUCGAUUUAAAUUAGUUUUAUAAUACAUUUUUUUACGGAUCAUAUUAACUAUAAUACAGUGUAUCAACUGUUACUCUUUUCUCUGGGGUCACCAGUCAUUGAUUAUUUGAUAUAUUAUAUAUGUUUGCAAUUAAUUGAAUUAUAUUAUAAAUUUCAAGUAUUGCUAACGUUAUGGAAGACCUUUUUGAGAUAUAAUCAUUUGUUACCAAAUUUAUAAGCAAAUGUAUAAGUGUUAUGUUAUAUAAAUGUAAAGCAUAUCUUUAUAUUAACAUAUAAUUACUGUAUUAUAUGUUAAGCAAAAGGUUUUGUCUUUGCUCAUCACUGGGAUUAAGGGAUAAUCAACAAAACAUGAGCACAAAUAAUCAUUGAUUUCAAUUGAUUUUAUCUUUAUAUACGAAUAUCAUGUUAUAAUACAACAUAAUUGUGCUUUCAAUUAAUAUAAA